CCCCCAUCUAAAAAAAGUACUUAUUGAAAGAGAUCAUGGGGAGCCUAAAGAUUGAAAUUAUAACCAAGAAGCUCAUCAAACCAUCCAAACCAACUCCAAAACAUCUCCACAAAGUCAACCUCUCUUUGUUUGAUCAAGUUGCUCCAAAAGUAUACGUCGACAGCUUUUUCUACUACUCCGGCGAUACCAAUGAUAAUUGUAGUAUUACUGCUCAAAGGUGCGAACGAUUGGAGAAAAGCUUGGCCGACGCAUUGGUGGAUCUUUACCAACUUGCCGGAAGAUACGUAAGAGAUGAAGUUGCCAUCGAUUGUAGUGACCAAGGAGCCGAGUUCUGGCUAGCCCGUGUGAGCUGCAAGCUGUCGGAAUUCCUUCCGAUUUGUUACCAGGAGAUCGAGGCCGUCGACGAGCUUUUGCCGUGGGGGAUUCAUCCGCCGGCUGUGGAUUUGCCUUCCAGUCCGCAGCUGGCAAUCCAGGUGAGCUCUUUUGAUGACGGAGGAAUCAUGGUGGCAGUCCGUAUUUCACAUAUUAUUGCUGACGCUACCACGGGAUCGUUACUAAUGCGAAAAUGGGCAGCCGCCUGCGCCGCAAGACCCGGUUUGGAUAACCAUAAUGGUUCGAGUCACGGUUUCUGUCACGAGAUCGCUUGUGUUUUCCCGGCGACACCGUCAUUCGAGCUCAAACACCCAAGAAUCAUCACGAGGUCCUCACGUGGCGACGGAUCCUCUGACCAGGAUAAGAUCGUCACCAGGAGAUUCCUGAUUCCGUUGGAACUGGUGAUGAAAAUCAAAGGCGAGGUCGCCGCGAGUUAUGCAGCGGCAAAGUUGCCGUCUAGAGUGGUUGUUGCGCUAGCUAUAGUAUGGAAGAGCCUAAUGGCGAUGUUGGUGGCGAAAAAAGGAUACCUGAAGGGCUCGGCGCUUUCCAUUGCAACCAGCUUGCGAGGGAAAACGCCCUUAGUUGGGGCAGAGAACAACAAAUUAGUGUUUGGGAAUUUUUACAUAUCGACUAUUGUUCCCUUUGUGGGUGAGGAUAAUAAUGAAGAUGUGAAGUUAUGUGAUCUGAUCCAUUUGUUGAGCAGUAUGAUUGCGGAUACUCAUGCAAAGGUGGCUAUAGCAAGCAAAGAUGAGUUGGCCACAAUGCUUAUUAACUCGAGGAAAGGGAUAUUAAUGGACGGUUUUGAUAAUAAAAAAGAAGAUAGAAGUACUCAUGAUAUUGGCUUAGAUGUUUACUAUUGUUCGAGCUGGUUUGGGGCAUUACCGGUUUAUGAGAUUGAUUUCGGAUGGGGAAAGCCGAUUUGGGCCAGUGUUUCUAGUCAACCUGCUCCAGGACUUUGUUUGAUGGAUUCUGCCGAUGGUAGUGCUGUUGAAUUGUGGGUUAGCUUGAAGAACAUAGAAAUGAGUAUAUUCAAACAACAGUUUUACAGGUUUUGUCCAUCUCCAACCCCUAGCUAG